UGUCAUAAAUACGACGCCGUUUUGCUUCGUGGUAUUCUGCUUGGGCUUAGGUUAGGGUUUAUCUUGGAAGACGCAGAAGAUUUAUUGAUCGAAGCAAGGAUCUCCCAAGCAUAUGGAUAUUCAACAAGUUUUGGGGAUUAAUCGACUUGAAGAUGUCAAUUGGCUAUGUUCUCUUGCAGAGUCUGAGCUUGACAUGCUGAUUAGCUUAAAAAUGAUGGUGCUCCGACGUGCAAAAGUAAUUGGUCAUGAAGAUCUUGCUGAGAAGUUUGAUUUGAAGAUGCUUCGAGCCCUUUGGUUCAUUUUGAUGGAAUAUCUAAGAGGACGGGUUAAGGAUUUGUCAACUAUUCCAGGCUUGGCGGGGUUGGACAGGUUUUUAAAUGAAUGCAAUUUAUUAAAGUGUAGUCUAAAGGAUCCUAUGAGCACUGAAGAACUAAAGGCAUGCAUUUCCACCAAUUCAAAAAGGAGAACAGCUAAAAGAUCAUGUGAAGAGAUGGCUCCUAAUCCAAAGAAACAGAAAACUGAAACCAGAGGAAGUGACUCAGAUCAAACUGAAUAAGGUUGAAACUAGAAGAUGUUGCAGCAAACUGAAACCUGAAACCAGAGGAAGAUGUGGCUCUAAUCACAAGAACCAGAAUACUGAAGCCAGAUGAACAGAUGGGUCCAAACAGAAAAUUGAGUGAAAAAUUCUCAAAAACCAAUGAAGUCCCGUGAUUGGCUUGGAUGAUGGUGUAAAGGUCUCAAGAAUGUAUUUGUUAGCCUGGGCUAUUUUGCAUCGCCAUCCCCUGGUUUGAGGCCUUAUUAAUUUUUUAUUUUUUAAAAAAUUUACAAGGAAGGUGUAAAUGAGUCAGUGAGUUCCAAAGUAGGAUAUAGCUGAAGCCAAGUCCAUUUUCUUAAAGAGUGCUCAAGAGUUGCAGUGAGAUGAAGAGCAGGCAGCUGAGCUUGGUUCAUUUGUUACACAUUUGAUCUCAAUCGAACCUAUAAUAUACAGCUGAGCUGAGUGGAUUGGUUUCAUUUACAUCUCAUUUGGAAUGAUUUGAGUUCAUUUUUUGUC